UGUUAAACACCGCGCCAGGUUGGGAGAGGAGCGUUUAGUGAGUGCUUUUUAACCCGCCCCCCAAACCAGCUCGGGAAAAUGCUUGAGGAGAUGGGGUUAAUCUAACACGGCCAAUGCAGCACGGCUUAAUACUCUGCACAGAAAGUGAGGCCGAAUAACUGCACAUGCCGAGUGCUGGAGGAGAGGCUGAAGGACAUCCUGUUUUCUUUCAGCAGUGCUGUUAUUCUUUGGAGUGAAAUGAAGAAUUUGAUUUUGUUUUGGAAACACUCAUAUUUCUGAUGCAGCUGAACUUCAGUAACCUUUUUGCAGUACAGAUUUCAACAAAUUAUUUUUUUUCCCUCUUGGACAAAGAUGCAGAACUUGUCGGUGGUAGAAAGUCUCGGUGACGCAGACACACCACACUGUGAGCCUCCAAAAGGCCUGGCAGCUGGGGCAGGUGGGGUGUCUCUCCAUGAAAAUGGCUGUAGCUGGAAUGAAAGGACAAGCAAUGAAGAAAUUGUUAAUUUUGAAGCAACGCAGCAAAGCCUCCCUGCAGCGAACAGCGAAGGGAGAAGUUGCGAGGAGUUUCCCGAGAGCAGCUUCAGUCCCUCAGAACCCAGCGGUUCCUGGGGUGAUUUUGAAGGCUUCACAGAGCCCUUAGACAAAUCAGAGAUGUCCAGUGAUAACCUUGAAGUUUUGGUGAAUUCAGCAGUAACUCGGGGAGCCGAUGCGGGGCUGAGCAGAGGAGGCUGCAGCGUUUCCAUUUCUGCUGCCCACGGGUGUGCGGAGCCAUCUCUGUGCCAUGGCAAGCAGGAGGCUUCGGGCUCUCUCAGUCAGGAAGACCACAGCUAUGAGGAGAUAUUCAAGUUGAGCUUUCCAGAAGUCUUUGUGCCACAGUCCAGAGAGUGCAUAAGAAGCUUAGAGCAAGUUCUUGAUGCAAGUAAUGAAGAUGUUUGGAUUCCUGAACUUUUGAAGAAUCAGCUUUGCAUGGAUUCUGGAAAUGUAUGGAGAGCCCUCAGGGACUCUGAUAACGCCCCCAGCUCAAAACAUCCCUGGAGUAAAUCCCAUUGCCAAGAAAACCUCCUGAGCGUUCUCGGAGUAGAUGCAAAUCAAAAGGACGUUUCAGAGAACCAGACUGAUAUUUUUGAAGAAUCAAAUGUCAAAGAUAACGAGGACUUUAGGUUUGAUGCAUUCAGUGUUAAUGACUGCAAAGCAUUGAUCCAGACCAAGCUUUCUGUGUCACCAGACUCCAGACAUGGUCAUCUUUUCACCUGUAACCUCUUUUUGAAGACCACAUCAUCAAAUGAAAAUACACAGUAUAUAACAAUCCCAAGGAAAAAGCAGAUUUUUUCUACACACAACCUAAAAAUGAAAUUUUUCAGUAGUGAUGUUUGUUGAACUAAAUGCAUUUUUUUUCUUUUUUUUUUUUUUUUUUGAACUGAAUGCAGUUUGCCUUCAUUUUGUUACUGACUUGGUACUAUAGACUACAGACAUUCUUUAGCAAAGUGACACAUUGCUGUAUUUGAGGGACAUAAGGCCACCUUAUUAGAAGAUAUUUCUCCUGUUUAGUUGAGAAGUCAAAUUUUGUAAUUUUGCCCUGCUACGUUUUGCUGCAGAGUGCUGUUUCUUACAGUAAAUGCUGCAGCUGCAACCAGGGUUGGAGAUAACUCUGGUGGACUCUCCUGAACUACUGACCUUCCAGGCCUUAAUCUUCAAUCAAAAACCUUCAUUCCCAAGUCUCAGGUGUGUUGUAAUGUGCCUUGCCCCCAUCUCUCCUCAUAUUGCUCCAGUGUGGGUCAGCUGAGAGCUGUGGCUUUGCCACUGCUGGCGGUAACGAGAAGAGCCGUUCUUCAUUUGGGGACUUUCAGUGGGGUUUAGAAUAAAAGCGUUUUAAUUUC